UUGCGAUUCAGGCGAGAGGAGAAAAAAAUUCUGUCACCGUUGGAGGAGGAGCGAAGUCGUAUAGGAAGGCGUCACAAUGGAGGAGUUCUGACCACUUGUUUGGCCCGUCGAGAAGGACCCAAAGAAGGAUCCAACUUGCUCCAAAAGACUGAGAGCCUGAAGUGCCCCGAUGCCUCGAACAAGGAACUUGGAACGUUUUUCGAAAGCCAUCAAGGAUCUGCUUGA